AUGAUCUGCAGAUAUGAACAAGCGAUGGCAGUGGUUAUAAUGGCGGUGCACAAUCACAACGGUGGACCAGAUGACUGGGAGGAUACAGGGAACGAGACUCGACAAAUAAACGGACGAGGUGAGCGGAAGGCGAUAGUGAUUAGCUUGUGAUCGUCUCCCCGGAUCGUUGAUGAGAACUCGUAGGAUAUCGAAUAAUGGGAGGAAUCUCCUGUUCUUGCAAAGUUCACGCACACCCUUGUCGAGAAGGUAUCAAACUAGCUCAUCCAGUAGUAUAUCCAGGAUGGAGUAUGGUUGGUGUGCGUCGGGUGUAUCCGGGUUGCAAUGUCGUCAAGCGCGCAAAGUGACGAACAGAAAGAGUAUGCGCAAGAAUGCGGAGAUCCUUGAGAAUGGAGGGGGAGGGAGAAAGCGAGCAGUGAGAGCCUGCAAGAUGAUGCUAUUGCUGAUGCCAGUGCCGGUGGUGCUGCCGUAUACGGAGUAGAAACACAGGAUGCGCGCGUAUCGAAAGUAACGUAGGAAGGUUUUUCG